GCUGCGCAUCUCCACUCGACUCGCUCGGUCCGCCGACCCGACUUCCCCGACCGGGACGCCAGAGCUGAAGCUCAGCGGAGAUAGCAGGCACCUGGCCGCCUCAGGCUAACUCGCUUUCGGCUUUGGUUCGGGAUGGAGACCCGCUGGACUGCGCGGAGCCGCCGGAGCAGCAAGAUCCGCCGCUUCAAGAGUGGUCUGUCCUUGUGGCUGGUGGUCUGGCUGGUCCUUGUGAAGCCCAGCCCAGUCCAAGGCUGCCCUCGGCUGUGCGUGUGCUACCCCUCACCCAUGACUGUCAGCUGCCAAUCACAGAACUUCACCUCCGUACCCGCGGGGGUGCCGUUCAACUCGCAGCGGGUCUUCCUGCAGAACAACCAGAUCACCGAGCUCCGGGUCGAUUCCUUUGGCUUUGAAACACAGGUUCUCUGGCUGUAUUCAAACAACAUCUCCUGGAUUGAAGCUGGAGCAUUCAGCGAGCUGAGAGAGCUGGAGGAGCUGGACCUGGGGGACAACCCCCACCUGCGCCGCCUGGAAGGGGGUGCAUUCCGGGGGCUGGAGAAGCUGCAGAGCCUGCACAUGCACCGCUGCCGGCUGGCAGUCCUGCCCCACGACAUCUUCCAUAAGCUUUACAGUCUGCAGUUCCUCUACCUACAGGAGAACCAGCUUCACUUCCUGCAGGAUGACCUCUUUUCUGACCUGGUCAACCUCACCCACCUCUUCCUCCACGGCAACCGUAUCCGCACGCUGUCUGAGAAUGUCUUCAGGGGCCUCGUGAACCUGGACCGACUGCUGCUGCACGACAACCGUGUCCGGCAGAUCAAUCGCAGGGCUUUCCGAGACUUGGGCCGGCUCACCAUCCUUUACCUCUUCAACAACUCCCUGGCAGAGCUGCCGGGCCAGGUGCUGCGAGACACUGCCAACGUCCAGUUCCUGCGGCUCAACGGAAACCCCUGGUCCUGCGGCUGCGAGGCCCGCCCGCUCUGGGAGUGGUUCCGCAAGUCCCGCGUGUCCAGCUCCGAGCUCGUCUGCGCCUCUCCCUCUCCCAAGCGUGGUUCCGACCUCCGCUUCCUGCGGGAGAUGGACUUUGCUCUGUGCCCCCUGCCCGAUCCCGGCUCCCUGGCUGGGACCACCACCACCACCUUCAGCACCAAGACCCGCUGGUGGUUCUCUAAGUCUAAGCCCGUGUCCACCUCCAAGGGCAUUUUUGCAAAGAGCUCCGAAGUGGUCAAGGCCUUCCCCUUUACCUCAGUAAAACCCUUCAACCCAUCCAUUUCAUCCAACACGUUCUCCACCAAGUACGAAAUCGGCGAAGAGGAGGCUGCUCUGCCCAAGCUGGACCCAGAAGAGUACUGGGCCAACUACGGGAACGAAGAUGCUUCCGUCCGCUGCUUCGAGCUGGAAUGUCCACCUGGUUUUGACUCCCCGGCAAUUCCUCCUUCCUCCUCGUCCUCCUCUUGUCUCAUUUCCCUCGUCUCCCUCUCCAUUAUGGCACUUUCCAUUCACUUGCUCUUCGGUUGAUACUUUCCUCUCUGAAAGCUCCCUUUGCCUUCUGAGAACUUUUGUUUCUCGAAACUCUGCUUGCCUUUUCUCUCUACUUCCUUUGCUAACCUGUGUCUUGAUUCUAUCCAGUUAAACUCCUAGACCAUCCAGCAGUCUAAAAGGGUGUGCCGCUGAUGGAGGAAAUGACAAGGCAGCGAGGAGAUGACCAAAUACAGCAGCUCUCGGCUGCAUAGGUAAAGAAAGGAACGGCCAGUACUACAGGUCAGCACUGUUACACGGCAAACAAACGCCUCCUAUUCGCUGCUGUUGAAUGCGCAGCGAGAGUGUUAUUAACUGCUAUAGUUGCACAUACUGCAACUUCAGCAAUUUCCACAGUUUUUGCCUAUCAGGGUUACUAACACUACUCUUACUAUUACUACUACUGUAGUAAAUUCUAUUGCUACUACACAGCAACAUCUUUCUUACAGCUGGUGAUAUUAUUGUAAGCCACGGGUUGAGAGGACUGGUGCAUAAAGGCACAGGGAUUGUUAUUUUUAUACUACUGAUUUCAUAUUAAUGCUGAAAUUUCUGCUUUAAAAUCAGUGACAAUAGCGCAGUUAGUUUUUAAAGCAUUCUUUCAUUCACUCGACUGCAGCUGCCACCAUUAGUAGAUUAUUCAUAUGCCUCCAGCCAUAAACAGAUUCUGGCAGCAUCUCAUGUCUGCUGCCAUUGAGAAGGUCUCUUUCACUAAAAUCAUUCUUUUGUUUCGGGAAAAAAUGCUAAUUCCCAAACCUGGCUGAGAGAGAAUGCAUUGCAAAGGAUUGAAAUUCAAUCUGAAACAGGUAUUGAGAAAAACACAAAUGAGACAAAAAAAGCACGAGAAAAGAGAAAUGAGCCAUUAUUUAGAUAAUUAGCUGAUUGAUGAGUCAUCGGUUGGAAAUUAGAAACAGGCGUAUCUAGGUAGGCUAACGGCACCAGAGAAAGAUGAAUAUUGCAGUACGUAUCAUGCAGAUAGAGAGCAUGACGUAAGGAAUGGGAAAGGAGUAAACUGGAGAAUGAGACAUAUGGAGAAUAAGAAAAAAGAGAGCAAGAGUCGACAGCUUGAAGUCGAGUAGGAGACGAAAUGUAACCCGAGGAGAGGUGGCAAGAAAAGAGAAGAGAGAGAAUUUGGAGAUGGAGAGUGGGUGAGCUGGGAGGAGAGUAAGCCAAAGGUGCGGCAAGCAAGCGAAGAACAAGUGACUUUUUUUAUUCCAGAUCUGUUUCUUUUAGCAUUCACCAGCAAUGAUGUUUUACAAUGCAUAGCAUGUAAAUACUUUAAUACAUCCUCUUGUACAUAGCAACACUGUGGGUUUUAAUAUAUGGAGCCUGUACUGUAUUUUUUUCUGAGUGGUGGCUGUUGCCAUGGCUGUUAGCGUUUGUGAUGUUUAAUUGUGAUGAAACACAGGAAAAAGAGGAGACCAAAAACCGAGAUGUAGAAGGAUGAAUAGGAAGGAAAUAUUCAAAUAUCCUACAUAUUUGGAUUGAAUAUCCUUGACCUAAUUUAAUCAGUUAUUACCCGUCGACGGCACUUUUUUGUUGAGCACUGUGAAAAUGAGUACAGCACUGGAUUUUUAUGACGGAGGGAUUUUAACCAAACCUCCCCAACUGUAAUUUUCAAACUUUAUUUUGAUGAUUUACUUAAAAGCCCUGCCAAUACCAGAACAAGCAAAAAAAAUUGCAGAGAUUUAGAAUAUGGUGUGCCAGCUUCCAGAAUGAAGAAAACACAGCAAACAUUAAAGUGCUGGUCUGGAUGACAAAUGACUCUUAUUUGACGAACCAUCUGGACUGUCAAACGUACUGACCACAAACAAAUCUGAGUGCAAGCAGACCAUGUGAGAGGAGUCCUGGACUGCAGAACUGCCAACUGACGGGUUUCCUAAAUGACUUAUGGAUAGCCCAACCGAGGUAGGAGCCACGUGACCGUCUGAGAUGCCAGCUAAAAGACAGUCUGACCCACGCCUGACCGAAUGGAAAACUCCUCUUGUCCAACAGUAGCAAGUCUACUGGUUACCGAGAUGGGACAGCAGACUGACCGACUGACCAGACGGUGCUUCGGUGGAGGAGGAGGAUCAGGGAUUGGAAGCAGAAAUGCAGUCUAUUUCUGAGCUUUGCUUCCGCUGCCUGUGUCUCCCUCUCUCCAUCUAUUGCUCCAUCCGACUUUCGUCAGGGAUUGUAGGAGUAGCAGUGGGAGUUCUGACGCACUGUGCCCCCCCCACCACAUCCAUUCCAUUACCUCUCUUCCAGUGGGACACCUGUCCUGUCUACUUUAGUCAUCAGCCCUCCCCAUAUCACCCCCCCAGUUCACAGUGUAUACAGAUCACUGUUAAUGCUCUGGAUCCGUCUGGUAGGUUGUGUCUCUGCAUAUUUAUGACUUUAAUGCACAGAAGGAUGAUGAGCGAUAGUUGAGACAAGAGGCAGAUAGGAAGCACAGAGACAGCCCAUGGCCAACAAACCUAGACCUUUCUAAUAUUCAUAUUUAUUCGUUUCACUGAGGCUUUCCUCCAAAGCAACUUACACUGUUUGUACACUAGGAUGCUUACAACUAUUUACUCGCUUCUACAGCUCAGUAGUUUUUCUCAACCCUCAAGGGUGCUACAGUGUGAGUGGGAUUUGAACCUGUGUCCUUUAAGUGGAAGGCAAUAGCUCUAACUGCUGCGCCACCCAUUGGUCCUUUUUGCCAGCUUCAUAACUUCACAUGGAUUCAUGAUAUUUCCUGCAGGCGUGUCAUAACAUACUAAACUGUAUCGCACUGUGCAAAUUUCCAAAAAAAUGUAUUAUUAAUUUGAUGAACUCAAAUUUCAAGCAAGUGUAAACCCCUUUGAAUAACAGGUUAUAGAUAUGAACAAAUCUGAAAAUUAUUUUUGUUUUAUUCUCCAGGGAACCACAUAGGCAUGUUGAGGAUGAAUUGAAUGGAUCUCACUGAUUGUCUUGUGUACUGCUGUGAACUUUUGGUGGUGAACACUUUUAAUCAGCUCUACCAUGCUAACAGGUUAGCUGGUAAUGACAAUGCAGCCCAUUCUGGCAGCCUGCAGUUGAGGUCAAAGAGGACCAAACCCUGAGUGACCUUCGUUGUGGGGGUCAGCACCAGAUGAGGAGUGCACCAGCCCUGUGUUUCUUUCUGUGUGUGUCUGCAAGUGUGAGCGUGAGUACACGAGAGACACUGAGACUGGAUGACUGUUGCAACUGUUGCUUGCAAACUGACCUUUAAUGCAGUGAACUUGGUCUCUGCAAAUGACUGUAAAACAAAAAAAUAAACUGAUAUGUCACAACUGAUAAUCUUUUGUAUUUCAA